UGUGGUCGCACGAGAUUUGAGGCGAUGCAUUGCAUGCAGCGACCUCUCCGCUGGUAGCUUGUUGGACGUGGAACCACACAAGGUGGUGUUGGUGGAGUGGCUUUGGCCAGGGCGAUUCUCGCCAAUGUAUCUUUGGUGAAAUGUGUCAAACAUGGCUGUAAUCCAGUAGCAACAAAUACGUAGUUUUUAAAUACAAGUAUAUUGUCAGUAUCUAAACAUGAUGCAAGAAGAUUCUAACGGAGAAUCGACUUUCGAAUUUGUCGACAAAAAAUCUGAUAAUGGAUUGACACAAGAUAAAAUGGAAAAAAAUACAGAAUCAGGAAGUGGAAUGUCAUUGCCUUUGAGUGCUGGUAGUUUGCUGUCCAAUGUGCCACCACCAUCUGAGCUACCAAGUUUUAUAUCUCCACCAGCAGAUACAGUUUUAAAACCAGUUACUACACAGGCAGCACCAAUUUUCCAUGAAACAAAGUUCAGCCCUGUUAUUCCCCAAAGUAAAGGAGCUGAAAUGGUGCCUCCCCUGACACAAGAUGUACCUGCUGCAGGUGAUAGUGGAAGUGGUAGUAACAGUAGUGGUGGUUUGUUUGAUUGGGUGAAGGGAGCAGUUGGAAGUGGGAGUCUUUUAUCAAAAGUUGCCGAGAGAGCCAAAAAUUCUGUUGAUUCCAUGAUAACUACUUUGGACCCACAGAUGAGAGAAUUUUUACAUUCUGGUGGUGAUAUUGAUAUUGUGGUUGCAUCAGACAAAGAAAUUAAAAUAAGCCCAGUUAGAGAAGCUUUCCAGGCAGUUUUUGGCAAAGCUACUGUUACGGGACUACCAGCACAAGCAGUAACUGUUGCUGCACAACCAGUUGGUUAUGGCUCGGCAUUCAAAGCAGCAGAAGAAAGGAUACACUCAGUUCGUACAAGUGGAAAAAUUCAUGAGAACCAACCUGUAGUUGCUGUGGAAAAUUUUAUUGUGGAGGCUGCUGAAGGACAGUGGUACGACUUAGGCUUGCUAACAUUGGAUGACCCUGGUCACAAAAUAACUCUGCACACUUUUACUGGAACAACACCUGUACCAUCCACUGUUGUGGAUUUAGCAAGGGAUGACACACCUUCUGAUUAUCCUCUGCUGAGUUCAGGCUAUGCUGUGACUAUUGGAAGCCUGAUGGCUAGCAAUUUGGAGGUGCAUCACUCAGAGUGGCAUCAGGCAGUGAGUGGUGUUUCCAGACGUGACCAUUUGCUUUUGGCAGCAAGGGUGCUUGCAGGACUGUACAAGAACAGUAUUGGCAGCAUGCUAUAGUUUUCUGUGACUAACAUAUGCGCCUUAAUAUUAUCAGUUCAGAAAAAUCACUUUGUAAACCAUGUGCUGAUUAUGUAUGAAUUCUGAAGUAAUGAUACAAUGAAAAAGUACAGGAAAAUUUGGACUGAACAUUUUCCUGUGAUUUACAGUUAUUUUCUUAUGUGCUCAUUUCUUGCCUAAAAAUGAAGAUAUCCUAUUCACAGUACAAUAGUUACAGAUGUCCUUUGAUAUUAAAAAAACUUAUAUAAACAAAUAAGCAAAAUGUAACAUUGGGCUAUCUCUCUCUGUACCCCUUUCAGCACAUUUAUCUUUUUGUUGCAGUCUCCCCACCAUGUAAAUAAAUUUCCUAGUUUAUCUUAACAUUUUUAUAUUUUUCAGUUGGGGAAGAAGCAAUGUACUGUACUUACUGUGAAUGUUUUUAAUGCAUGUAUAUAUAUUAUAUUACUGUGAUUUUAUGAAGAAUGAAAUUUGUAAUUUUGAGUCUCAGUAGCUUUAGUUAUGUAUUAGUAUGUAAGAACUGGCUUGUCCGCUGAAAUUUGACUACACAUGAAAGUUAUUUGUCUGUUUAUAACUGCAAAGAAGUUGUUUAUUAUUAAUUUUUAUUUGACCAUGUAAUAAAUGUGAUACUUUUCAA